GACAUUCCAUUUUCUCUUCAACACUUGCUUCAGAAGAGCCAACUUAAGACUUGCAUUUUGCUUUUGACAUUCAACCUAGAGAUAGCGAAAUUAAAGAAUAUCAUGGAAGAAGAGAUAAAGCUCAAUCUCAAACUUGAGAAAUAUGUGGUUCUUCAAGGUAAGCUGUCAGUGUACCACACUGAAGGGUUCCUGGGUGAGGGCUCCUAUGGGACAGUGGUCAAAUGCACCAAGCUUGACAAUGAAGAGCUUGUGGCUGUGAAGGUUUUGCGUAAAGACUGCUUCAAAGAAGGAAAAAAAGAGGCAAAAAUACUGAGGAAAAUCCUACAACUCGACCCUGAGAAAAACAACUUGCUGAAGUUCAUUGAAAGCUUCAAAUAUAAAGGCUACCUCUGUUUGGCCUUUGAAAUUCUGGAUGUGAGUGUCUUUGACUUUAUAAAGAGCAGAGGUUUUGUACCACUCAGUCUUUCUGAAAUCAGAGUAAUUGCUCAACAGUUGCUUGAAGCUUUGAAUGCUUUGAAAAGCGCCGGUCUGGUUCAUGCUGACAUUAAGCCAGACAACAUCAUGUUUGUCAACCAUAGGUCACAGCCUUUGAAAGUUAAGUUGAUUGACUUUGGGUUGGCUGUGAAAGUGUCCAAAUUGUGGUUUGUGGGCACUGUUCAAGCCAUCGGUUACCGGGCCCCUGAAGUCAUCUUGGGUCUAAAAAUGGACGAAAGUGUCGACAUGUGGUCUUUGGGUUGCAGUUUGGCCUACAUGUACCUUGGUUACAACCUCUAUCCAACACACUGUGUAUAUGAGGUCAUUAGGGCUAUCGUCCAGAUUCAUGGUCAACCCCCAGAUGAUGUGUUGAAAGAUGGCAUGGAUGUGCAACACUUCUUCACUAAACUCACUGACUCUUCUCACUGUAAGUUCAGACUGAAUACGCCAGCUGAAUAUACAAACGCAACAGGGUAUGGAACGCAAUUUAAAAGUGGCAUUUACAACCGCCUACGCAGCCUUAAUGACCUGCUGAAGACCCGCCCAAGGCCUGUGAACCCAAUGGAGCGUGAAGAUUCCCUUGGGUUUAUUAGCCUGCUAAAAAAAAUGCUGGUGGUAGAUCCAGAUGCCCGGAUCACCCCAGGAGACGCUCUCGGUCAUCGUUUCAUAACUCUGAAAUAUUUCUCAGGUGAGAGAAAUAACUCCUAUGGAGCAUCAGCUUCGAAAAUGGUGACUGACUGCAGAAUUCAUGAGUUUGCAGUAAGCCAUUAUGUUUCUUCAAGCGAAGAAGCUGGAAUAACAAUGGAAGAUGCAGCCGAAAGACUGUCAGAUAAAGAACAGCCAAGAAGGGUCUUAAUGAAAGUAAGACCCUGUUUUAAAGCUCAGCAAGAAGGUACGGACCAGACAGACACUGCAGCCGAUGGAAGAAAUGAUGAACCCUCAGAAAAGGAGCAGAUGGGGAGGACCUUCAUCAAAGUGAAGCCUUAUUUUUAUGCUAACCAAGAAUCAGCUGAAACUAUCGUCAAAGCUUCAGGCAAGAGUAAAUUUACACCCCCAGCCUUUGGACACAGAAGUAGGCAGAAGAGGUCAGAGUCAAAAGCCUCUGGAAAAGUUCUGAAAAAUAUAGAGUGGAAAGAAAGGACCAUUAUCAAAGUAAAGCCAUAUUCUGUUGCUGACCAAGAGAGAAAAGACAGAGCUGACACGGAAGAUGCUUCAUCAGAAAAAGCUAAGUUCACCAAUACUGAAACUUCCAAGAAAUGCUCUGCUACAGAGAGAGAAGCCAUUUUCUGCAUAGAACGUAACACUCCUCAUUUUGUGGAAGUUAAAGCUCGCAAGACAUCAGCAAAGAAGACCUGGAACUUCUUCUCUUGGCUGAUCAAAUUCAUCUCAUGCAACAAAAAAUGUGAAUGAAACU